GUGUCUUCACUGGUCCCACACCUAGGAAGCCAGCCCUGUACUUCCUUAAAGAACUUCUGUACAGUGGAUGGCAAAAAGCCUGUGGCUAUGGACAGAAGAAAUAUUCAAGUGCAUACAAGGAGCUUCAGGAAGCUGGAAGAAGUUCAUAAUUUGGAAGAAGAUCAGAGCCCCAAGGAGUCGGCCCCUACUCCUCGUCCCGCCCCCACCAUUCCACGUGCUGAGAGUGGGCGGUAGUAGUACUUCCGGGUGACGGAGGUCAGCCCCGGCAAGAUGGCGGCCCCCAUGGAGCUUAGCUGCUGGGGAGGAGGCUGGGGGCUCCCUUCGGUCCACAGCGAGUCCCUGGUGGUGUUGGCUUAUGCCAAAUUUUCUGGCGCGCCCUUGAAAGUCAAUAUUAUAGAUAACACCUGGAGAGGUCCAAGAGGUGAUGUACCAAUUUUGACAACUGAAGACAGCAUUGUUUCUAAGCCUGAAAAAAUUCUAAACUUUUUAAGAAAACAGAAAUUUAAUGCUGAUUGUGAGCUCUCAGCAAAACAAGGGGCAGAUACACUGGCGUACAUCGCUCUCUUGGAGGAGAAGCUUCUCCCUGGUGUGCUUCACACCUUCUGGGUUGAGAAUGAUAAUUACUUCACUGUGACAAAGCCAUGGUUUGCCUCUCGUAUCCCUUUCCCUCUGAGUUUAAUCCUGCCGGGAAGGAUGUCUAGAGGAGCCCUGAAUAGGAUUCUCUUGACGAGGGGAGUACCUCCCCUCUACCAUGUCCAAGAUGUGGAAGCCCAGAUAUACAGAGAUGCCAAGGAGUGCCUCAAUCUCCUGUCGAACAGACUGGGAACAUCUCAGUUUUUCUUUGGUGACACGCCUUCCACCUUAGACGCAUAUGUGUUUGGCUUCCUUGCACCUCUUUAUAAAGUGCGUUUUCCCAAAGUUCACUUACAAGAGCAUCUGAAACAGCUCCCCAACCUGUGUCGCCUCUGCGAUGACAUCCUGGACAGCUACUUCAGGCACGGUGCUGGAGGCAUCUCUCCAGCUGGACAAGAAGUGGAUGCAAACCUGCAGAAACUCACCCAGCUUGUAAAUAAGGAGUCCAACCUAAUUGAGAAGAUGGAUGGCAACCUCCGCCAGAGCCCUCAGCUUCUUCCUCGGAAGCUGCCAACCCUCAAGCUGACCCCAGCAGAAGAAGAGAGUAACUCCUCACAGCUGCUGUCGCCCUGACAGUCACAGCCAGAGUCUUGGUGACUGUGGGAGUAGCUGCUGGGGCCAAGUGUACGGAGACCCGAAGAACACAGUAAUGGGUUUAAGACUAAAGCAGAGGGAGCUGUGUGCGACCAUUUUAAAUUAUGAAAGCUGUGAUUUUAGCCGGGCAGUGCAUUUUAAAUAGAGGCGAAUGCUAAGUGACCUGGGGGGCAAGCGCGAGGCACUGUGUAUGAAACCCCGCCUUAACCGGGGCCGGCCUUUGCCUUUGGGUCAGGUGUUGCGGACCAAAGCUGCAAUGCUUUUCUGAAUGUGCGCUUUUUAAUUUAUUUAAGUUAAUUUAUUAACUUAGUUUUUCUUAGACUGUCUCAGUACAUAAUAUGUGGUAUUUGGCUGAGAUCUUAUUCUUCCUUUUAGAAGUCUGAUGCCUAUUUUAGGAACCAGGAAAAAUAGGGAUUAUUUCAAUAGAAAAGCCUGUAUUUAAUUUUAAAAAGCAAUGAGGAAUGUGCUUCUUAAUUAUUCUCUCUUAAGUCUGCUCCUUUGGCACUUUAGUACCACAUAUACAAGUGCUAAAGGUGGUUUAUGUAAUACCGCGAUGACGCAGCUCGCUCGCACGCACGCACGCACGCACGCACGCACGCACGCACGCACGCAUGGAGGACUAAGUACUUGACGAUAGGUUUGCUCUGAGCUAGGGAAGGUGAACGUGGCAGCAUCAGGCCUGUGUGUGUUGCCUGCUCGUCUCACGUUUAUGUCAGUUCCAGAGCUGGAGUCUGGCUCACCUGACUGUGUUCGCUGAAACCCUUGUUGAAGUGUGCCGAGUUGACUGUUAAGCCUCCGUGAGAUGAGCCAUGCUGAGGGUCCGGGAGCUCUCCCAUGUGUCAGGUCUCUGCCUCCUUGACUCAGCAGCUUGUUUCAUAAGCAUAUCAUGUAGUCACACUCACUGACAAACUAUCAUUUCCUGUUAUUUUUAAUUACAGGUGAAGGAUCCAAAGGGAGGAGUCAGAAAUAGCAGGUUUCUAAGACAAUUUACAGUUACUGGUUGUAAACGAGCCCUUCAAGGAUUUGCUGUGUAGUGAAUUUACAUACAACAGAAACUUGCUCAUUAUAGUGGCUGAGGUGCUUCUGUUGUUGUAAAGACUACUUCUGGGGUUUUUUAAAUUGGACCAUGUUUGGGAUUAGUGUCUUACAAGAUUACCAUGGUGCUCAGAACAUUUUACGGAGUUCUGUAGAAAUCAGGCUAGAGACUCGGCUACUGUGAGCAGAGUGGAGCUCAGCUGCAUUUGACCUGCAUCUCCAGAUUGCUUUGCUUUUCGGUACACAAAAGUCUUAAGUCACUGUAAAUACUCUUUCUUGAAAGCUUUAAAUGAGACCCAAGGUUAUCCUCACAGUCUUGUCCACCUCUAUGAGUGUAUUUGCAUUUAAGACACAUAAUCAAUGAGUUUCACAAUACUUCUUUAACAAAGGGUGUGUGUGUGUGUGUGUGUGUGUGUGUGUGUGUGUGUGUGCGUGCGCAUGUGAGGAAGUGCAUGUGAUGUGGGAUGGAUGUGUGCUAGUGAGUGUGGGUUUAUGCAUGUGUGUGUGAGUGAAUUAGUGCAGGGUAAGUGUAUGUAUGUGUGGUGUACAUGUGUAUGUAUGAGUAUAUGUAUGUAUGUAAUCUUCUAAGGCAAGUUACGACAAUCUGAAAUCUGAGUAUAUCAGUAUUGUGUUUUAAAAUUAAUGAUCGAGAGGCUUUAUAGUCUCUAGGAUUGGUUUUGUAUUGAAGGAUGAUUGACACAUUAAUCAUAUAUCUGUUUAUGCUUUAAUCGGGGUUAGUCAUUUUCAAUUAUUAGUAGUAAGCCUUCCAGAAAGUAUUUGAAGUAGUUUAUAAUUGUAAAAUGCAUGUAAAAAUAGGAUUAUUUUUGAAAGAUGUCUAUUCCUAAGAGGGAGAACCAUAUCCACAGCACUAGAUUGUAAAGUCUCCCUCGGCGGGGGAAGGCAGAGGGUAGCACUGAGGUAGUACUGCUACUGCCUAUGAGCAUUGCUUACGUGGGAGAUGAACGCAGCGGGCUGUGUUCAGAAGACUCUGGACUUCAAGGAGUGCACUGUACCCUUUGUGCACUGAACGCCUUGUAAUCAUUUUAGAACAACAAGCAUUUGUUCUUUUUAGUGGAGAGGAUGUCUGUAAAGUGAGUGUUUGUUUUAUGGUCACCCUGCUCUGAACUGCCUUUAGCCUUAUGUUCUGUAGCCCAUGUGCUUCAAGACCACAUUUCUGAGAUGCAGAACCUUGGUUAACUGAGUAAGAACUUAGACAUCAGUUACUUAAUCAGCCUCGUUGUCUAGGCGAAUGGGACACUCGGGAGCUGUAACUGAGCACAGGAUACGUCAGGGACAGAGAAGCUCUUAGAAGGACAAAGGGCCUGUGGUGGCUAUCAGGACGUCUGUGCAUGUGUCUGUAGGAAAAGUGGUUCACGGCUUUGACCAGACACUGUGAUGUUGUGCUUUGGAGGUGGUGAUCAAGGACAGGAUGAAAGCAGACUGCUCACCUUUAUUUUUGUUAAUUGUACAGAGCUAGAAAAAAAUGGCUUGCUGGUUCCCACAGGAAAACAUCCUCAGUGACCACUGUGGUCACAGUGGUGACCUAACACUGGAGAAACUGCAGACAAGGAGGAUGGGGCUCUGUAGAACUUGACUUCACAAAAGGCUCACAGGAACAGAUUUCAACUUAGGGGUACUAGAGGACCAUAUACUUUUUAGAAGCAACCAUUUUUAUUUCCAAUUAUAAUCCUUAAAAUUUUAUAAUUGAUUUAUACAGUAACACAGGGAACAAAGAUACUUAAGUUAAAGCUAAGUUAACAGAGGCAGGAAGAUGUAGAGUAUUUUAAGAAAACACUCCGUUCAGGCAGCUCCAUGUGAUAAAGUGGAAUUGAAUUUGGUUGGUGGGGCUCCACAGUUUUUCAACAGACACAACCAUAACCACUCAAAGGCAGAAUAUAAAUAUUUAAAUAUGCUGGGGAGCUGAAAGGAUGGCUCAGUACUUAGGAGAACGUACUGCUCUUGCUGAGGGCCUGGUUUCAGUGCCCAGGACCUACAGCGGGUGGUUUACGACCUUCUGGACUCCAGCCUCUUCUGGGAUCCAUGAGCCCCUGUGCUCACAAUGUGUAUGUAUGCCACGCACGCACAUGCACACACACACACACACACACACACACACACACACACACACACACACACACAGAGUUAACAGUAAAAUACAUUCACAUAGGCACAGGAAGCUGGAUGAUGGGCCAUGGCAUACUGCACAUCUAUUUUUAUAAUGCCGUAAGAGUCUAUACUUACUUCAAAAUAAAGGCUUUAAAAAAGCAAACCCAAGAGAGUAAGAUUAUCACUAUGUAUCUAUACCUUAAAAUUUAUCACUGCUGACCUAGUAUUUCCAAAUGAGAACUAUAUUAUUAUUGAUAAUUUUUUAUUUCACUCUUGAGUUCACAGAAAACACAGCUCAGGUUUCUAACAGAUGCUUUCCCGAAGAGCUCUCCUGCCUUAUGAGAAAGUUUCUAACAGCCUCACAGCAAAACUCACUUCCCUCAAAAUAUCAAGAUGCUUAUGAUUUUGUGUUUCUAAUGUGCAUUUUCCCCUAUGGCACUGGGUUCAUAAUUGAGGACAAGAUAUUUUGAGUCCUCUCCUCUGUCUGAGUGUGUGCAUUCCUCUUCGCCUGCUGUUUCUCUCUGUGUAUUCACAAUGUGGACCAUGUGCACUGACACCACCCUGUGUGGCAGAGGUAUUAUGACCCAGCCGUGCACUUUUGUUUUUGCUCAGAGGCAGUUUGUAAUUGACUUUGCUUUGUCCUGCCUGUUUUUAGAGUUGAAAUCCUGAGCAGAGCCACAGAGAUCGACUGGGUUGUGAUGAUAGCCUUUGUAUCCAUUCUUGGAGGUAAAAGUCAGAUGUUGGUCUCCCCGCCCGCUCCUGUGUUGCUCAGUUAUGCGAAGCUUACAUUCAUUUCUCAGUGUUUUCACGUCUCUUAAACUAAUUUUAAAGAAAUCCAUGGAUACGUGAAGUCACAGAUCAGUGGGCCAACCCUGAAAGGGUUAACUGAAGUGUCAUUGUCACCAGAUCUGAGUGCUGCUCUUCUUGAUGAAAAGGCCAGGAAGACUUUUGCUGUCUGUCUUUAAGUGUGUGUAAAAUAGUUUAGUGUAGAAGUCGCUGUUGGGUGUUGUAAUCUCUGGGAGCCCAGGGUGCUUGUUUUGCACUCAGGACUAUUGUGUCCAAAACAAAUGGGCACUCUGGGAAUUUAAGAGGCUAAAAAAAUAUUUUUCCAGAAAAACAGUCCUGAAUUACUGAAAAGAAUUAACAUUCUUGAACACGUAGUAAAAGGGCAGCUGGAGCUGAUGGCUUGUGAACAGUGAGGGCGUGUUGUGGCGGGGUCGCUCUAACAGAAUAAGCUGGCUUCUUUCAAAGGGGGCAAAGGCUAGUUGUUUUGUGCCCUCGUUAUUCUUAACUUGAAGUUGGAAGGUAAAAACAUUAGUUUAUGCAAGAGUAGAUUCUAAGAGGGUAUUUGGCACAAUAUAUUGUCCUAAUAAGUUUGGGAAACACUGGAUCAUGCAAAGCUGACUUGCUGUAGGCUUUUCAGAACCUUUGAUGUGUAAAUGUGUGGUUUUGGUUUCCAGCUUCAGAGAUGUUUCAUUAGCAAAGAGGACAGUGAACCAGGCUGUGUGCAGGCGUGGGCUCAUCUCCCUCCACUAAGCAUCUCCGGUUAAUAUGCCACUUCCCUAACUUAUUUUACUGAGGAUUUUUUCAAAGUAGGUGUUUGAUGGGAUUUGUGUUCUGACAAGUUUACUUAGGAGAACAUUGAGUAUUUUGUUUUCUGUGCUCAUUACAAAGUUUCUGCUUUUGAGUGUUUUUCUCUGGUGACAGGAAUGGUAACUAAGUAAGCUUUAUUUCACCAGAGUAUAAACUAGCUCGCCAAUGAGGCUAUGGGAUUCUGUCAGCCUUUGUAACAUAUAUACACAGUGGCAGGCUGGGCAUUCCAGGGUUUGGAUGUCCAUUUGAAGCACAACUUGCCGCGGGGUUCUGAGUGCUAGUGUCAUGGCGAGCAUCCAGCCACAUGAAAAGCUCUUGGGUCUUACUUAGUUCUGAUGCUUCGGUUUUCCUCUUGAAGAUUAGAGCAAUCAAUGCCUGUAAUCAUGUAGUUUACAUAUCCCAGAUCCUUGCCAGGCACAGGAAAGGACCUGCCAGAGUUUGCAUCAGCCCUUGGAGUCACUGAGAUGGGGAAGGCCACUCUGGCUGCUUGUUCUGUGGUCCAUGGGCUGCUGGCGUCCUGAUCUGAUGGAGGAGGGUGUACACGGGCCUGUAAGUGCAUAAAGAUGACUCGGGUUUCUCUUAUAUCUUACUGUUUGUAAAAGAGAAACUGUCUUGCAGUGAGACUGAAGUUUUUUAGUUUCCUGGAAGAUCAACAGAGGAAAGGACAAGAGCUGCAUAUGAUGCAAGUGGACCCCGCCUCCCCAAGGAGUCUCAGGAUGGGAAACAAUGUAAACAUCUGUUCCUGUAUGCAAAUACUAUAUCAGCAAUGCCGGCCAUCGCCUCGUAGUCUAGCCUUGCCUACUGUGAAUGUAUUUUUCCUAGAGCUGCUGUAGAAAUACCCAGAAGCGGAAUUGGUGGUCAUUGUUAAGAAUUUAUUCUAAUAAAUGAGAAACUGGAUAUAACCUCAAAAUAGCUAUUUUUUCAAUAAAAUUUCAAAUCACCUGA